CUGAUAGGUUAUCAUUGGUGCCUCCACAAGGCUACUUCGACACAGUUAUUACAAAACUCUGAAUCAGCAAGAUGGACAUUAGCUUUAAAUGAACCGCAACACCAAAGAAGUUGUGUUUUGGAGUUUGGAGUUUGACUUUCAAAGCACUGCCACCAAGCUAACCACAGACAGCUCACUGGUGUUGGGAGCACCACAGCUUAGAGCUAGUUGGUAGCGCCUGAUACUCAGGGAUUAUACUGGACUCCGACGUUCCUGGGGAAAUAGGCUCGCUGAGGUUUAUUAGCCCCUGGAGGGUGACGGACAGCUCUUAUCAGUACCAGAGGAGCGAGGCGUCAAGAGCGGAACUGCCGCUGCGAGCCAGAGCCCUCCUCUCCUCUCUCUCCCUCCCUCCCAUGCCAACCCAUCUCUCAUCUGGAGGAAAAGGGCAGUCAGCUCAUGGGGCCUGUGCCAGAGAGGGGGGUGACAUCCACACAAAGACUACUCUCCCCAAAACAACACUGACACUAUCUGCGAAGACAAGGACUAACUGAAACACAACUCUCCACUGAGAGGAUCACUGUUUCUGUGGCGAGGGAGGUUCUCUGAAGGUUUUCUGGAGGUUGUGUGACCAUUGAGGUUUUUGUCUGGAGGUCAGUGAGGGAGUGGUACCUGCAGCCAUGUCUCCUUUCCUGCGUAUCGGCUUCUCCAGCUUCGAGAUGGACCCAGGUCUGGCCUACCAUGAAGAGGUGAUCAACCCGUACUGUGCUGUCUACAUGAAGGAGGCUAUAGACACAGAGAAGGGCCAGGUGUACAAGCAGAAGAAGCCCACCAUGUACCCCCCCUGGAGCAGCACGUUUGACGCCCAUGUCCACCAGGGUCGUGUUAUGCACGUGGUGGUGAAGGAUAAAACCGCUGAGCUAAAGUCUGAGGCCGUGGUGCAGCUGGACACCCUGGCCUCACGCUGCAAAAAGGAGAACGGCAAGCUGGAGAUCUGGGUGGAGCUGAAACCACAGGGUCGUCUACUCAUGGAGGCCAGAUACUACUUGGAGAAGAGUGACGCCGCAGGUUCAGGUGAGGGAGAUGGAUUUGGAGAGAGAGACAGGGAUCCGGGGGUCUUUGCCCUCCACGCUCGACGCGGAGCCAUCAAACAGGCCAAGAUCCAUGAGGUCAAAUGUCACGAGUUCAGCGCCACUUUCUUCCCCCAGCCCACCUUCUGCUCCGUCUGUAAAGAGUUUGUCUGGGGUCUGAAUAAGCAGGGUUAUCAGUGUCGACAGUGCAAUGCAGCCAUCCACAAGAAAUGCAUUGACAUAAUCAUCGCCAAGUGCACUGGGUCGGCCAUCAACAGCAAAGAGACCAUGAUCCACAAGGAGCGCUUUAAGAUCGACAUGCCCCACAGGUUUAAGGUGUACAACUACAAGAGCCCCACAUUCUGUGAACACUGUGGCACGCUGCUGUGGGGGCUGGCAAAGCAGGGACUCAAGUGUGAGGAGUGCGGUAUGAACGUUCAUCACAAGUGCCAGAAAAAGGUGGCCAACCUGUGUGGAGUCAACCAGAAACUGAUGGCCGAAGCCCUGGCCAUGAUCGAGACUAAACAGCAGGCCAGGGGCUCCAGAGAGAGUGAGAUCUAUAGUCGAGGCGGGCCGGUGGGUGUGGGCCAGGCAGGGGUGGUGCGGGAACCUUCAGGUUUAGUGGCAGGUCUCCCCCUGACAGCAGCCACCGCUGGGCGAAAAGAGGAGCAGGGGAUAUCGUGGGACACCCCAGCGGUGGGGGACAUGCCUGCCCCUGUGCUGGAGGAGCCUGAGACGCUGUACGCCGUCCCCAGAAAAGAACACCUUCACAAGUUCACCCUGGACAACUUCAUCCUACACAAGAUGCUUGGCAAAGGCAGCUUCGGCAAGGUGUUCUUGGCCGAGCUGAAGAGCAGCAGAGAGUUCUUUGCGGUGAAGGCUCUGAAGAAGGACGUGGUUCUGAUGGAUGAUGAUGUGGAGUGUACCAUGGUGGAGAGGAGAGUCCUCUCCCUGGCCUGGGAACAUCCCUUCCUCACACACCUCCACUGCACCUUCCAGACCACGGAGAACCUGUUCUUUGUGAUGGAGUAUCUGAACGGAGGUGACCUCAUGUUCCACAUCCAGAACUGUCACAAGUUUGACGUGCAGAGAUCGACGUUCUAUGCUGCUGAGAUUAUCUGUGGGCUCCAGUUCCUACACUCCAAAGGCAUUGUCUAUAGGGAUCUGAAGCUGGACAACGUGUUGCUCGACUCUGAAGGCCAUAUAAAGAUAGCAGACUUUGGGAUGUGUAAGGAGAACAUGGAGGGAGAAACACGGACCUGCACCUUCUGUGGAACACCAGAUUACAUCGCCCCAGAGAUUCUGCUGGGGCAGAAGUAUGGCAGCUCAGUGGACUGGUGGUCGUUCGGGGUCUUGCUGUAUGAGAUGCUGAUUGGACAGUCUCCAUUCCAUGGUCGCGGUGAGGAGGAACUGUUCCAGUCCAUCAGGACAGAUGACCCCUGUUACCCCCGCUGGCUGGCCAAGGACGCAAGAGACAUCCUCAUCAAGCUGUUUGUGAGGGAGCCGGAGAGGAGGCUGGGUGUGAAGGGGAACAUCCGUCAACACUCCUUCUUCAAAGACACAGACUGGAACGCUCUGGAGAAACGAGAGGUGGCGCCGCCCUUCAGGCCAACUGUGAAAUCCCCCAGUGACGUCAGUAACUUUGACAAGGAGUUUAUCAAUGAGAAACCCAGGUUGUCGUGUGCAGAUCGUACCCUCAUGAACAGUGUGGACCAAACCAUGUUUAACAACUUCUCCUUCGUCAACCCAGCUGUGGGCCACAUCAAAGGCCCCUGACCUGUGAUAACGUUACAACAACCUACCAGCAACAUAUUCACAAUCCAUCAACAACCAACUGUACCAGCAACAUAUUCACAACCCAUCUGUGACCUUCGGACAACCUAUUCGCAACGCAUCAAUUACUCAUUACGACAACACAUCGCAGACAGGAGUCAAGGACACUUACCUAACAGAUCAAUAAACGUAUCCACAACCUGUCAAUAACAUCUCACCUGUUUUAUAGAGCCAAGGUUCACAGCAGUGGAGGCUGCUGAGGGGAGGACGGCUCAUAUUAAUGGCUGGAACAGAGCAAAUGGAAUGGUAUCAAACACCUGCAAACCAGGUGUUUGAUGUAUUUGAUACCAUUCCACUGAUCCGGCUCCAGUCAUUACCACGAGCCAGUCCUCCCCAAAUAAGGUGCCACCAACCUCCUGUGGUGUACAGACUACUGUAGGAGUCACUACCUGAUUCCCCAGAUUGUGUGGAAUACUGAGAAUGUUGUAUUGUACUCAUAACCUGUUAUUCAAUAGUGUCUGUUAUAUCCCUGCACAUAAGUGUCUGUUCAAUCAAAUGUAACCAUUUCCUGGGACAUUUUCUAUUUAAUUCUGAAAGUGUAUCAGUAGUUUUAUUAAAUAGAGCCACGGUUAGUAUAUUAAAAUGUGUUGCUUUGCCAUUGUUAUUGCUCAGAUCCAGGUAGCUUGUCACACUAUCGGACGGUGGAGUGGUUGGUUUCAAUGUACAUGGAUAAAUUAAUGGUUUAUGUUUACAUGAUACUGUGUUUUAUAAUGGCCCUUCUGAGGCUUGUGACCGCUGUGACUAAGUUAUUAUAGAAUCUAAUGACAUAGAUGAUGCCUAGAUUCAGCAGUGAUUGUUUGUUUUCAUUCUGUACAUUAAAAUAAGAUUUUUGUUAA